GCCAGUCAGGCUGCGGCAUCAAUGCCCUCGCCAAACAUGGUGGCCUUGCGCCCGCCCCCUUGACUUCCUUCUGUCUGGUCACUCCCGACUACAACUCAGUGGCGGAGGUGGCAGAGAUGGCGGUUUCUCUCAGGUUCCGAGAUCUGCUGAUACGGCGCCUGAUGGCUCCCACUCCUCAGGGUCUCAGCCUUAGCCUUCGCCCCAUGAGCUCCAACGCACAAGAAGAGGCCCCCAAAGAAGCGCCAGACCACAGCUAUGAGUCCCUUCGAGUGACCGCUGCUCAGAAACACAUUCUCCACGUGCAGCUCAACCGGCCUGAGAAGAGAAAUGCCAUCAACAGGGCCUGCUGGAGAGAGAUGGUGGAGUGCUUCAGCAAGAUAGCGCAAGACCCUGACUGCCGGGCUGUGGUGAUCUCUGGUGCAGGAAAACUGUUCACUUCAGGCAUCGACCUCAUGGACAUGGCUUCGGAUAUCCUCCAGCCCCAAGGAGAUGAUGUGGCCCGCAUCAGCUGGCAGCUCCAUAACCUCAUCAGCAGAUACCAAGAGAGCUUCAAUGUCAUCGAGAAGUGCCCUAAACCGGUGAUCGCCGCCAUCCACGGGGGCUGUAUUGGUGCGGGCGUGGACCUCGUCACUGCUUGUGACAUCCGGUACUGUGCCCAGGAUGCUUUCUUCCAGGUGAAGGAGGUGGACAUAGGUUUGGCAGCUGAUGUGGGAACGCUGCAGCGGCUGCCCAAAGUCAUCGGAAACCAGAGCCUGGUCAACGAGCUGGCCUUCACUUCCCGCAAGAUGAUGGCUGAUGAGGCCCUGGGCAGUGGUCUGGUCAGCCGGGUGUUCCCAAACAAGGAGGACAUGCUUGAGGCAGCCUUCACCCUGGCGGAAGAGAUUUCCACCAAGAGCCCUGUGGCAGUGCAGAGCACCAAAGUCAACCUGAUCUACUCCCGCAACCAUUCCGUGGCCGAGAGUCUCAACUACAUGGCCACCUGGAACAUGAGCAUGCUGCAAACCCAGGACAUCGUUAAGUCUGUCCAGGCUGCAUUGGAGAAGAAGGACCUGAAGAGCGUGAACUUCUCCAAGCUCUGAGAGCCCCCAAGGGCCAGGCCUUGCCCCUUGUCCCACCUCAUGCCGUUUCCUCAUCCACAGAGAAGGAGGAUUAGUGAGGAUCGUCGCCUCCGUGCCUUCAUGCCUGAUCUCCCAGUUUAUAGCUGGGACACUGAUUUCCUCAUGCCCAGGGCCUUAUCUUCACCCAAACAAUAAAGCUACUUAAGGAA